AUGGUUUUUAAAGAUAAUGUUGAUGAUAACAACAUCGAUAUAAAUUUUGAUCCGCAAAGUCUUAUACCACUUGCUGGUGCACUUCUAUGUGAUCAAACUACUUGUUCUAUAUUACAUUUUCUGAAUGUGGUUCGCGCCAAACUUGCACUACGAAAUUCAAAGAGAAUUCGGCCAUCAUUUGUAAUAAUCGAUUUUUCGGCGGCCUUACUCAAUGCUGUACUUGAUGCAUUUAAUACGGAAAACAUACAUUCUCAUUUGAGACGAUGUUUCAACGUUCUUGCUGGUGCUAUGGAUGCUGAACAACUUCGAAAUAUCACAUUUUCACCAGCAAAAUCUUCGAUCAAUUGUUAUGAUUCAUUCGAUCCUGAAAUACUACCCAUGAAACUUGAGUCACGUCCAAUAACAAAGACUGUUAAAUUUGAUGACAAUUUAAAAGAAAAUAUCGAUACAUCUUCUGAUUUAAAACAAGCUGAAUCUAUAUGGUCUACAUUAUUAAAAUAUUCAGAUAAUCGUACAUUAUUUGACGAAAAAUCGGAUAAAGUUGUCAAUCACUAUUCUCAACAGGCUGAAACUGAAGAUAAUAUAUUCAAUGUACUUUCUCCUAAACGUCGACAUUCGUCAAUUUCUAAUGAUUCAUGUAAAGCAACUCCUACAUUGUCAAAACGAGUAAAAACUUUGUCAUCAGUCAAAUCUCAAAAUUUAUCGAAACAUUCUGUACAUACAACAAAAAUUGGUUCCAUUUCACUCCCAUGGCCACCAUAUAAAAUACAUGAUACCGUAUACAUGGACAAAAAAUAUACUACAAGUAGUUCUGAGUUUCGGAAAUUGUUUGAAGUCGAUACUACUAAGUGUCAUAUUGCUCUGCGUAAAUUAUUCAAAUUAAUUGACACUGAUGGAUAG